ACAGCUGGGUUGUGAGCUGGUUUACUGAUCUUCCCGUUCCACUCCAAUCCUCUUUCUCUCUCUUGUUUUCUUUUGUAGAUGAACAGUCGUAGACUAUUUGCCUUCAAACAUAGCUGUUUAAAUUGAUUGAGUAAUGAUGUAGAGUAGAGAGUGUGGGCUAUAUAGGGAUAGAGUGGUGUGAGAGUUUUUGGUUAGCUUCUCUUGUGGGUUGUGUUUUUGAUUGUAAGCUUCAAGUGCUUUGCUUGUGGGGUUUGUUUUUGUGGGUUCUUCUUCUUUCUUUUUGAUGGGUUCAGAGGGGGAGGAAGUACUGAAAAAGGAGAAAGAUUGGGAAGCCAAGAGAGAGGGCUGGUUAUACAAGGACGCUAUUUGUAUACACCUCUACUAUUCUAGUUGCGCUUGUGUUGGGCAUGGGACUUCCUACUUUCAUGGUUUCAUUUAAGUGAAGAAAAAAAAAAAGAAUUGCAAAAGAAAAAAAUUUGCUCUCAGCACAUCUGCCAAGAGCACUAAAGAUUUCGGUUUAACGAAACAAACCCAAGCAUCUAAACAAGAUCCAAUUUAGAUCUGCUUACAGUUUCUUGCCCUUCAGUUAUGAAGAGACUCGGAAGCUCGGAGUCCUUGGGUGCUUUGAUGGCCAUCUGCCCAACUACAGAUGAACACAGUCCCAGGAACAACCAUGUCUACAGUAGGGAAUUUCAGACCAUGUUCGAUGGCCUAGACGAAGAGGGCUGUGUGGAGGAAUCCGGGCAGAUCGUCGAGAAGAAACGGCGGUUAAGCGUCGACCAAGUGAAGGCCUUGGAGAAGAAUUUCGAGGUGGAAAAUAAGCUUGAACCCGAGAGAAAGGUGAAGCUAGCCCAGGAGCUUGGGUUGCAGCCAAGGCAAGUAGCCGUUUGGUUCCAAAACCGCCGGGCCCGGUGGAAGACCAAGCAAUUGGAGAGAGACUAUGGCAUCCUCAAGGCCAAUUAUGAAACUCUCAAGCACAAUUACGACGCCAUCCAACACGACAAUGAAGCUCUACUCAAAGAGAUAAGAGAGCUGAAAUCAAAGCUGAACGAAGAGAAGACAGAGAGCAAUCUUUCAGUUAAAGAAGAGUUGGUGGUUUCGGAAUCCGAUGAGAAGGUGAAGGUGAUGGAACAAAGCGAAACAGCCAUGGGUGCAGGCAUCGGUGGAUCUGAUGCCAAAGACUUGAGCAACGACGAUAGUUUCAAGGAUGGCAACGGAGGAGGCAGAGUUUCAGUGUUCCCGGACAUGAAAGAUGGCUCCUCCGAUAGCGACUCCAGCGCCAUCUUGAACGAAGACAACAGCCCCAAUGCCGCCAUAUCUUCAUCUGGGGUUCUUCAGAACAACCACCACCACCACCUUCUCAUGUCGCCGCCUUCCUCUUCCCUCAGGUUCAACAGCUCUUCCUCCUCCUCGAUCAACUGCUUCCACUUCUCUGACUCCUCCAGACCCACUCUCGGGAAUACCCAGAAAGCCUAUCAACCCCAGUUCGUGAAAAUGGAGGAACACAAUUUCUUCGGCGCAGACGAGUCCUGCAAUUUCUUCUCGGACGAUCAACCUCCCACCCUUCCUUGGUACUGCCCCGAUCAGUGGACCUAAACUACUUGAUCACUUGAUGAAGAAGAGGCAAAUCCAAAUAAGAAUCCAAAAAAUGCUCCAAGAAAUUUUGUAAAAUUGUAAAAUGGAAGUGAUGAUGGAGUAUGUAAUUAAGUAGCUUUUCCUCGCCAUUGUAGCAAAGUGAACAAGUUGCAGAGAGAAGGUCGAGAUAGAAGGGCAGAGAGGAGAGACACACGUGGGGGUGGUCUAGGGCGAAAGGUGACGGCUAUGGUGCUGGUCGUGGGGGUGGGGGAAGGUGGUGUUUCUGUGAGCCAUUGCGGGAAUGAUUAGGUCGUAAUUGAAAGUCUCCCUGCAGCUAAUGUAAAAACAAUCCGAAUAAUAUUCCUAGGGAGGAGAAUAAUAUGAAAAUCCAUGGAGGAACAAUCCUGUAAUGGUGAAAUAAUCAUUGCCUUGCUUUUCA